GUACUCGGUUUUAACAUUUACUUAUUUUUUUCGUACCUUUAGGAAAAGAAGAGUUCUACUGCAUGAAUUGAGAGAUUUAUCAAGUGAUUACUGUUAAUGUCGGAUAUCAUCGUUUAUUUUCCGUGAUGUAGUUCCAAUUGCUAUCUUAUUUCAAAAUUGUUCUGCAUUGUUACUGGGUUUUGAUUAGAUUUGUGGACCGACCAUAGCCAACAUCAACGAGAAUUAUUACACUAACGAGCCUUCAUGAUACCAGAGGACCACAACAUGGCUUUUCGUAAUCCCCUGGAAAAUAACAGCAUGUCCUCUGGCAUAGGACAAAGGUUUAUGACCGACCAAUUAUCUUGGAACACACAAUACGGCUUGGGCCGAAAGGGGACGGGGGAAUUAUCCCCUGGGUCGAGAAAGAUUCUGGGUCAGCAGAUGCCCCCUGGGCCGCCAAAACAAAAUAUUCUUUCUCUGAACUUAGAAGAUGACAGUGAACUAGAUCUUGGACAGGGUGCCAUGUCAAAUUCUGCCAAAGUGUUUCGACCAGAUAGAGACAUGAUGUCACAGUCUCCCUCACAACUCUCGACAUUUGGAGUAUCCAACUUUUACUCACAAGGCGGAAGUUCGGGACUUGGAACAAAUGCGAGUUUGGCAGGAAACUUUGCAGCCCUGCCUCAGAGAGGGGCUGUGUCUGGGCCCCAGUUCAGGGGAAAUAACUCCACACCCACAAGUAUGAACCUUCCCUAUAACCUACAGCAACCCCAACAACAGCCCUCACCUAGCAGGAACAUGAUAUCUGCUAUUGGAGGUCAGAGAAUCUCCCAGAACCAGACAAGUCAGUCCAUGACCAAAUUACAAAACAGUGGUCCAAUGUCCAGUAUUAACAACAACUUUGUGUUUGGGCAAAGUAAUCGCCAGAGCAAGUACUCCACGGUAUACAACACUCCAGAACAGAAGUUCAUGAAUAUGCUAUUCGGAACAGAUGCCGAUCAGCCCGGUUUGGACCUAUCUGAAUUCCCUACCCUAGGAAAUAGAAACCUUCCAUCCACACCAAUCUCCUCUGUCAGAAAUUAUGUGGGCAUGGUGAGUAAACCAGUCACGGAGACAGCGCCUGAGUUUCAGAUCCAGCAGGAAGACUUCCCGGCUCUUCCUGGAGCACAGAAUCCACCAACAAGCGUAGCUAAUGAUGCAGCCAGGAAAACGCCAACAAGUGUUUCAUCAUCGUCAUCAAACGAACAAAUUCUGAAAGACGGAAAAUUUCCCGGGGAUAAGACGAACCUGGCAAAGCGGGGCAUACAGACCCAUGCAGAUGGCAUGGUGUCGAAUAUUCCCUCGGGGAUGGUGACUGACCAGUUCGGGAUCGCAGGUCUGUUAACGUUCAUAAGGGCAGCCAAUGAAAAUGACCACAAUCUGAUAGCAUUAGCACCAGGGAUAGAUCUCACCACACUAGGCCUAAAUCUCAAUUCUCCAGAAAAUCUGUACAGCACAUUUCAAUCGCCUUGGGCAGAUUCUCCCUGUCGACCCCAAGAUAUAGAUUAUCAUGUGCCGGUUGAGUAUUUAACGAACAUUUUCCUGAGAGACAAGCUGGCUCCGAUCAAACUGAAUCGCUAUGGAGAAGAUGUGCUAUUCUUUCUUUUCUACAUGAAUGGUAAUGAUUUCAUACAGUUAGCGGCAGCAGCUGAGCUGUACACUAGAGACUGGCGAUAUCACAAGGAGGAGCGGGUGUGGAUCACGAGAGCACCGGGGGUGGAACCAUUGAUGAAAUCAGCCACGUACGAACGAGGAACCUACUAUUUCUUUGACGUACAAAACUGGAGAAGGGUUGCAAAGGAAUUCCAUUUGGAGUAUGAUAAAUUAGAGGAGCGACCGACCCUUCCCAAUACAAUGCACCACAAUGCUAGCCAGCAGUAGCUCAUGUGAGAGGAAGUGAAUCCAAUCAUGUGACAGGAAGUGAACUGUGACCCUUUUAGUCAACAGCACAGAAAAAUGUCAGAAUCUGUUGCUGAUGAAUUUUUCACCUCUGCCAGCUUUGGCCUGAACUAUCAUUUGGAUAUUUAACACAACCGACUUCAUCUGAAAGGCAAUGAAAAGAAUGAAAAUUCUGAGACUCCAGACUUGUCAUUUAUGAAUAUUUCCAAAAAUGUUAAAAUACUGUUUUAUUCAGUGCAUGUUUUUAAGAAAUUUUUUUAAAAUACUAACAAGCACCAGAAAAAAAAAUUCAAGAUAAAACAUUUGUUAAGCAGUAAUAAAUUUCCUAAAAACCCUGUGAAUGUUGUGUAUUUGGGUCAAAGUACUCACUCUGGUCAAGUGCAAUCUAUCAUUGUAAAUAAAACAUUGUCAUUGUAAAGUA